AUUGUGUUUUGGUUUUUUUUUUUGCCUUAUACGAAGAGUUUGCUUAAGGUUACUAUUCUGAGAUGCUUUCGUCUGAAGACAAGAGAACGUUUGCCAACAAACUUCAGCGACUAAAAGGGGAUUUGGAGUACUUCAUUUGGAGAAUUGAAACUUCCUCUAGUGACGUCACAGAGACGGACAAGACACGGUACUGUAGAUUGAUCAUCGAAAUCAUGGAAUUCGUGGUAAAAAGGAUAGAAAAUCUACCACCUGAAGUUAGUAUGCCAGAAAUGAAAUACAAAACAUGGGAUUCGACUAUGCAGAAUCUUGAAAGGGAAAACGCAAAUCUCAAAGACAAGUUGGACGGCGAAAAGAAAAAGACCAGGAAACUCCGAGAAAGCCAGAUAACCAAAGGACAGUAUUCCUUGCAGCUGGACGAAUUAAAACUAAAAAUCAGUAAAUUAGAAGAAGAAUUAGACAAAGAGAGGACCAAAUCUAAAACAAAUACCUUGCCGUUUUGGCAAAACAUGACAAAGACGAACACGCCAAAAAAGUUGUGUGGCAAUGAAAAACAGAAACCAAGUAAGCGGGAAGUUGAACUGGAGUCAGAAAAGGAAAAGCUGAAAACCCAGAUACAAGAACAAAACCACUGCAUCCAAAAUCUUGAGAUCGAAAGAAAGGAUCUGUAUGACAGAUUGAGUAAACUGUCCUCCAGUAACACAGCAUCGAAAGAUGAAACAGAGGAAGCUCUUGAACCUUUCCCGCCUGUAUUGCCGUCCAUGGCCACUCGAUACUCGGACCUCUUUCUUAAUGGGUGGACCACAGCUUACAAGACGCUGACCUCUGUUGUGAUGAGUGACCAUAAAGUCACCCAGCUGCUGCUACAGUGUCUUACAAACGCCUUUAGCAUUUGCAAAACCAAAGCGGAACAACAGAGGCGUAUACUCCAAGAUGAAAAUCUGACAGAAGGUCUGUCAAACCCGGCUUUUAUUCAAGAUAACCCGCGACAAAUUAUGGAGAUGCAAAUCAAAAAUGCAUCGGAGAUAAUCCCUGAGAUUUCAAAGAUUUGUCGUGACAAAGUUCCACUGUUAGGUUCAUAUCCACCGGAAGUGGCAAAAUACGCCGACGACUGUGUCGACCUCUGUUGGUCUAUGGUCAUUCAGAGCCCGCCAUUUCAUCUUUCCUGGGCUUCACCCCACGGAGAGAUGGUGGACACAUCAAAGUAUACGUUUUACAGAACGAGCGGCCACUAUGUGGAUUAUGUGGUUUGGCCGGUGUUGCUUGACUGUGAAGGUGGUACAGUAGUAUCCAAAGGCGUUGUACAGGGACGAAACUAAUUACAUGUUCAGAACGUUGAUAAUUUCCCUGUGAAAUGUAACACCGACUACCGGUCAUUGAAGAAAUCAUAUCUAUACAUGUUCAUGUAGUUUCAAUACACAACCAAGUCAUAUUCUGUAGUUUUAAAUGUCGAAUAAAGAU